AUGGCCCACAGGGCAAUACUCACUCCAAUUGCGAGGCGAGUAGCCUUACCCGCCCUAAGGAAAUCUUCAACUACAGCCAAUGCAUCCAUAAAUCAUUUUCGGCGUGUAGUGCCAACUGCAGCUCCGAAAAGCAACCGGGCAUCCGCUGCGAAAUCCUCUGGCUUCACGGCCGAUUCUUACCCUGAGAUCAUACGAGACCCUCGCUUCGCCAAGUUAACGAAGAAGCAUGUCACCUAUUUUAAGCAGCUUCUUGGCAAGGAGUCCGCCAUCAUCGAUGGUGUGACUACCGACGAUAAAGCAAGUGAGAUUGAACCCUACAAUCUUGACUGGAUGCGGAAGUAUAAGGGCCAAUGCACCUUGGUAUUAAAGCCCGGAUCUACCGAAGAAGUCAGCAAGAUCCUAAAGUAUUGUAAUGAAAACCUCUUGGCAGUUGUUCCCCAGGGUGGAAACACUGGUCUGGUUGGGGGUUCUGUACCUGUAUUCGACGAGAUCGUGAUCAGUACUGCCCGAAUGAACCAAAUUCGAUUCUUUGAUGAAUUGAGUGGUGUCUUAGUUGCGGAUUCCGGUGUCAUACUAGAGGCAGCCGAUCAAUACCUUGCUGAGAGGGGUUAUAUCUUCCCCUUAGAUCUGGGCGCAAAAGGCUCCUGUCACAUCGGUGGCAACGUCUCCACCAAUGCUGGCGGGCUCCGAUUACUACGCUAUGGAAGUUUACAUGGCACUGUCCUAGGCAUCGAAGCAGUUCUUCCUGAUGGCACAAUUCUCGAGGACCUAAGCAGGCUACGAAAGAACAAUACCGGUUAUGACUUGAAGCAGCUCUUUAUCGGCGCUGAAGGUACCGUGGGCAUAAUCACCGCCGUCUCAAUUCACUGCCCACAACGAUCAAAGGCUAUCAACGUCGCAUUUCUCGGUGUUGAGUCGUACGAAAAGCUCCAGCUGGCUUUCAGAGAAGCUAAGACGCAACUUGGCGAAAUAUUAUCCGCUUUUGAAUUAAUGGAUUCUCGAAGUCAGGAUAUAUUCCAUAAGGUCAAGGGGAAUAAGCGUCCACUUGAGGGGGAAUACCCCUUCUACUGUCUUAUAGAAACAAGUGGAUCAAAUUCUGAGCACGACAGCGAGAAACUAGAAAAGUUCCUCGAAGACGUCAUGACCAAGGAGCUCGUCACCGAUGGUGUCGUGGCGCAGGACGAGACUCAACUUAGAUCGCUUUGGGCUCAAAGAGAAGGCAUCACAGAAACCAUUGGUCAUUGGGGAGGGGUAUACAAGUACGAUGUCUCGAUUCCGAUAAAGGACAUGUACCAACUCGUGGACGAUGUUAGAACGAGACUCGAUGAGGCCGGAUUGAUUGGCGAAACCGACGAGUUCCCUGUUGUGGAUGUCGUUGGAUAUGGGCAUAUGGGUGACUCGAACUUACAUCUCAACAUUGCAGUCAGGAGAUACGAAAAGGUGGUAGAAAAUGUGCUCGAGCCAUAUGUUUACGAAUGGAUCAGCCACAAGGAUGGUAGCAUCAGCGCCGAACACGGCCUAGGUCUAGCGAAGAAAAAGUACAUUGGCUACAGCCGGGGUGACACUACGAUAACAAUGAUGAAGCAGAUAAAGAAUCUUUAUGAUCCGAAAGGAAUUAUGAACCCGUACAAAUACAUAUAG